AUGUAUGUGACAAGACCAGUUUCUUUGUACAAGAGAAACCCUGGUGCUCUUUCAGAACCUCCAUUAGGACCAAAUUCAGGUUAUCUUGUAAUCUGGGAUUUACCUCCUGCUUACACUUGUUUUGGUUUGUGUGAGGACCGAAGAAUCAAGCAUCUUCCUUUCCCUCAGGACAAGGACUUGACCGUCACAUAUGUUGUACAAUCAGGUCAACAACAACACCAAUCCAGGGACAAGGUCUUGUUUAUCCCAGCAUUGAAUCAGCCAUUGUCUUCAAACCGCUACUAUGCCAUAAGAAGGCAGGGGAAACAUCAAGGCCAAGCGAGUACAAGUUCAAGGGAAGAGGACAAGACUACUUGUUUAUGCUGCAGCUUUGUCCACGAUGUUAAACCAAGACCCUUGGUUCCUUCUGAUGAUUAUCAGCAGGUUGAAGUGAUCAAGAAGAGGCAUGGUUUUCAAGCAAAGUCUGUUGCCACAGAUGGAGUUCCACAAGACUACUUGAGGAGAAAAGGUUGGAAUGUUGAGGCUAACACUCCCCGCAAUUACCAUUUGGAUGAAGCUGCAGGCUCCAGUGACUCUUUACGUUCCAAGCUUCCAGAUUUCAACUUUCCAUUGUCUAAUGAUAGUUCUAUAUCAGUGGUAGUUGGAAAGUGGUACUGCCCUUUUAUGUUUUUGAAAGAAAGAAUGGGAUUAAAGGAGCAGAUGAAAAUGUCCAUGUUCUAUGAGGUCACACUUCUGCAAAGAUGGGAAAAGAUAUUUUCCAAGGAAAAUGGAAUCAGUGGAGAAGAUACAGUGCUUGUAGAUGUUGUUAUACAAACAGAAGUUGUGAAGGUUGCAGGAAGGGAUGCUGUAUGGGAUGAAAAUGGUGUGGCUGAUAGGGUGUUGUGGUUCAAGAGCUUUGAAGAUGCUGGUAAAGAGAUAUGUGUUGGGUUGUGUUUGGAAGUGAUUGAGAGAAUGCAAUGGGAGCAAGAAAGAGUUGGAUGGAAAGCAAGUAAUGGAAGGCAAGAGAGUGUGAUGAGAGUAGAGGAGUUUAGAGGAAUAAACAAGUGGGAAAAAUUUGGUUGCUAUAUGCUGGUAGAGAGUUUUGUCUUUAGGAGAAUGGAUGGAAGUGUGGUGCUGACAUAUGAUUUCAGACAUCCACAUCAAAUUAAGUGCAAAUGGGAAUGA